AUGGCGCAGCAACCCCUUUCCUCGGCGGUGCAGCCCACCGACAUCUAUGGAGGAGAUGAGGUUUCUGCUCUCGUCCUUGACCCAGGCUACUGCUACACCCGAGCAGGUUUCGCCGGCGAAGAUGUCCCCAAGUCUAUCCUGCCCUCGUUUUACGGCCAUACCACGAGCGACCCGCCUCGCGACAUCUUUGGCGAUGAAUGCCUCGUCCCCCGCGCCGACUUUGAGGUUCGCAACUACAUGAACCGGGAUAGCGUUGUGGAAGACUGGGAUGUUGCAGCUCGAGUAUGGGAGAACAUGCUUGUCAAGCGUCUGCAGCCCGAACGACAAACGCCUCCUUCCAAGAACGGUCUCAACGAUGACCCCAAGGACCAGGCUCAGGAUGGUGAAGGCGAUGUCGCCAUGGACGACGCAGAGGCCACAGAAUCGGUCGAGAAGCCUUUGGGGGAGAACCCUCUUUUGAUCACAGAGGCGCCAUGGAACACGCCCAAGUCGCGAGAGAAGGCUAUCGAGAUCAUCAUGGAGAACUGGGGCUGCCCUGCCUUCUGGCUCAGCCGUACCCCCGUGUUGGCAGCGUUCGCCGCCGGCAAGGCCACCUCACUAGUUAUUGAUGUGGGCGGCGCCAACACCUCGGUCACUGCGAUCCAUGAUGGCAUGGUCCUCAAGCGAUCCAUCCAGAAGUCGCCCGUCGGUGGUCUCUGGCUCUCAUCCCAGAUUCGAAACCUCUGGGAGACAUCAGAGCCCAAGGUUGAUCUGACACCCACCUUCAUGAUCGAGAACAAGACGCCCGUUGAUGCCCUGGCACCCCCUUCGGUUCGACUACGCCACUUCCCCUUCCAGAUCAGCGAUUCCUUCCGCGCCUACGAAGAGGAGCGGGUAUUGACCGAGUUCAAGGAGUCCGUGGUGGAGGUGUGGCGUGGUCCUGGCCGAUACAACGUGCCUGGCAACGAGGAGUAUGUCAAGACACAGCCUGGCCGUGUCUUUGAGAUGCCCGAUGGCUACAACCAGAUGUGGCGCGAGCAGCGAUUCCGAGUAACUGAGGGCAUGUGGGAUGAGAACGCUGGAUAUCCUAUCCCUGAGGCCGAGCGCCUCACCAAGGCUCAGACGAUCCCUGAGCUGAUUCGCUCAGCCCUGGCUGCAGUUGACGUCGACCUCCGAGGCAACCUCCUCGCCAACGUUGUUGUCACAGGUAGCACAAGUUUGAUCAACGGCUUCAACGACCGUCUGAAUAACGAGCUUAUGGCCAUGUACCCCGGCCUCAAGAUCAAGAUUCACUCGGCAGGUCUGACGAGCGAGCGCCGCUUCGGUGCCUGGAUCGGCGGCAGCAUCCUCGCCAGCUUGGGCACGUUCCACCAGAUGUGGAUUUCGCGCAAGGAGUACGAGGAGAACGGACCCAACGUGGUCGAGAAGCGAUGCAAGUAA